AUGGCUUUGAGAAAAUCAAGUAAACUCCCUCAAGCAGCACUCAUCAAGCAAAUCCUCAAGAGAUGUUCCAGCUUAGGGAGGAAAGACGAUGAAGGCAUACGCUUGGACGUGCCCAAGGGUCACUUUGUUGUAUACGUUGGAGAAAACAGAAGCAGAUAUAUAGUUCCAAUCUCCUUUCUAAGUCGCCCCGAGUUCCAAACACUUCUCCACCAAGCAGAAGAAGAGUUUGGCUUCGAUCACGAAAAGGGUCUCACCAUUCCCUGUGAAGAGGAGGUUUUUGAGUCUCUCACGUCCAUGCUCCGAUGA